AUGGGUGAAGCACUUGCAGCAGCUAAAGGUUUGGUCACUGCCUUCCUCAGGCUACGGCCACCUCCCCCCAACACCAUGUCCUUCUCAGUGUGCCCCUCUGGGCUGUCACAGCAACAUUAUUCCCAGAGUGGGACAGGCUAUGUGGGAAGUGCCUUGAGCUUGGGGUGCAGUUCUGCUUCUAUGUUGGGUUAUGGUUCUGGAUUUAGUGGUUUCAUCACAGGCACUGCUUGUGCAGAAGUUCUGGGGAGUGGAUUUAGGGGGAUCCCGGGAGGAGGCUCUUUAGCAAUUCUCCCCACCAGUGAUGGGGGUCUCCUUCCUGGAUCAGGAAAGGAAACCAUGCAAAAUCUGAAUGAAAGAUUAGCUUCCUACCUGGAUAAGGUUCGAGUUCUAGAAGAUGCUAACACUCAACUAGAGGAUAAAAUUCAAGAGUGGUAUGAAACACGAGCAUCUGGGAGUGGAAUGCUACGAAGUGAUUACAGUCGAUACUGCUCAUUGAUUGAAGACCUCAGAAAUAAGGUCAUCUCUGCCAAUAUUGGAAAUGCGCAGAUGAUCUUGCAGAUUGACAAUGCCAGAUGGGCUGCUGAAGAUUUCAGAAUGAAAUAUGAGAAUGAGCAGGCUCUACAUGUGAGCAUGAAGGCUGACACCAAUGGCCUACGCCAGGUGCUGGAUGAGAUGACCCUGUCCAGGGCUGACCUGGAGACGCAGAUCGAGGGCCUGAUGGAGGAGCUGAUCUACCUGAAGAAGAACCACGAGGAGGAGCUCCAAAGCUACGAGGCAAGCGACCCAGGCCAGAUCAGCAUAGAAAUGGAUGCUGCCCCUAGUGUGGACCUCACUAGUCUACUCAACACCAUGAGGAUGCAGUAUGAAGUGAUGGCAGAGCAGAACCGCAAGGACACUGAGGCCUGGUUCAUUGAAAAGAGCACAGAGCUCAGCAAGGAGAUGGGCGACAAUGUGACGCAGCUUCAGUCGAGCAAGAGGCAGGUCGCAGAGCUGAGACGCACUUUGCAGAAGCGGGAGUUGGAGCUCCAGGCCCAGCUGGCCAUGAAAAAUUCCCUGGAAGACUCCCUGGCCGAAGUCGAGAGCGGGUCCUGCAGCCAGCUGACCCAGGUGCAGCAGCUCAUCUCAAACGUGGAGGCCCGGCUGCUCCAGGUGCGCAAGGACACUGAGCGCCAGAAUGCUGACCACCUGCAGCUGCUGAGCAUCAAGGCGAGCCUGGAGCUGGAGAUUGAGACCUACAGCCGCUUGUUGGACAGGGAGGCACAAGGUGAUGAUUUAGAUGAAAGUUUAUCUGUGACUGAAUCUGAAUCCAAAUCUCAAGACCAAUUGAUUGAUUCCUCUAAAGACUCAACCAAACCCCAAGAAAUCAAAACAAUUGUGCAGGAGGUGAUAAAUGGUGAGGUGGUCUCCUCUCAAGUUCAGGAAACUGAAGAAAUAAUAUAA